AUGUUCGCGACCAUGAACGCGAUUAAGAUCACGCCGUUCGCCAAGCGCCAAGCGCGACGCAACGUCUCCGUGCGAGCGGAGGAGGCCGAGGCCGCCCCGGCGCCGGUCGCGAAGAAGACCCGUAACACGGAAGACCUCGCGCCGCUGUACGUCCUCGGUAACAGCGAGCAAUCGCUGUCGUACCUCGACGGGUCGCUUCCGGGCGAUUACGGCUUCGAUCCGCUCGGCUUGUCCGAUCCGGAGGGCGCCGGGGGAUUCGUCAACCCGAAGUGGUUGGCGUACUCCGAGCUCAUCCACGGCCGCUGGGCGAUGCUCGGCGUGGCCGGUAUGGUCGCCCCGGAAGUGCUCGGUGGUAUGGGUAUCAUCCCGCAAGAAACCGGCCUCGUUUGGUUCAAGGCUGGGAUGAUCCCGGCGCAAGGCACGUACGACUACUGGGCCUCGCCGUUCACGAUCUUCUGGAUCAACGCCUUCUUGAUGAACAUUGCCGAGCUCCGACGGGCGCAAGACUACUGGAACCCGGGCUCCAUGGGCAAGCAAGACUUCGCUGGCUUGGAAAAGAUGCUCGGUGGCUCCGGCGACCCGGCGUACCCGGGUGGUUUCUUCAACUUCAUGAAGCAGGGUGAGAAGGACAUGGCCGCCAUGAAGACCAAGGAGAUCAAGAACGGCCGCCUCGCCAUGAUGGCCUGCUUCGGCUGCGGUGCGCAAGCGUGCAUGACUGGCGAAGGCCCGGUCAAGAACCUCGUUGACCACGUCAUCGACCCGUUCGGCCACAACCUCCUCGUCAACUUCUCCCAAAUUGGCGGCGUCUCUCCGUUCUAA